CUGGACAUUGCAAUCACCGCAAUCAUCACCAUGGACAUGGACAUGAACUCCAGCUCCAGCACGUCGUGCAAAAUCUCAGUACGUGCCAAGCCCCCACGCGUCUUGGCUGAAACCUCCUCCCUCCUCGCUCACAGAUUCCCACUCAGAUGCUAUUCAACUGGUACACCACCGACGCAUGCUUCCUCUCCUCCGGCUGGCAAAUCACCAACAACGGCAUGUUCGCCGCCACCUGCAUCGGAGUCAUUCUCCUGGUGAUCCUCGUGGAAUUCACCCGUCGGAUGGGCAAAGAGUACGAUGCGUUCUUGGCGCGGCAAUUCCAGCGCCAAGCCGCCGCCGCCGCGGUUCCAUCCAGUGCGAAAGUCACGUUUCGCGUGUCGCCGGUGCAGCAGCUAGUGCGGGCGGUGAUUCAUGCGAUCACGUUUGGGGGCGCGUAUAUUGUGAUGCUCCUGGCGAUGUAUUUUAAUGUGUAUGUGAUUAUUUGUAUUUUUGUGGGGGCGGGGCUGGGCAAGUUUUUGUGUGAUUGGAUGGUGGUGACGGUUGAGAUGGGGGAUGGUACUAUUGGGAGGGAGGAAAAGGGGGUCGAGGAGACGACGGUGUGUUGUGGGUGAUAGGACUCUUUAUUCUUAGGGAUAUUUUCUUUUAUAUUGU